ACUUUAAUAUUUCGUUGCACAGACCAGCAACUUCAGAACUCAUCGGUUGUAAAGAGAUCAGGUACGUAUUCAUCUGGUAGCACGUUUUCAUCUAAACUGCCGCGCUCCCUUCGCUGGACCACCACAAGAGCGGACCUUUCCUUUUCCCUGCAUCCCGCUCUCUCCCCAGGCGGCGGCGGUCCGAUGUGGCCGCCCGGAGGCGACGCCGGUGGGGACGUCUGGCCGGCGACGGGAGUGGAUCAACGAGAUCGAGCCGCUCUAGGACGGAAUCGGCUCGAGCCCUGUCCACUUCCCUUCUUCGCAGGCGACGGGGACGCGAGCGGCAGCGGCCCGAUGUGGCCAGCAGGAGGAGAUGGCGGCGGCGACUCCCGGCCGGAGAUAGGAGCAGCUCCAAGUGGUCGAGUUGAUCUGGUGCACGACCGACUUGUUCCUGGUCUCCAUCAUUUCUUCCCAGUCAAUGGUAGCUCGUUAGGAGGACCCGUCGGAGGCUGUAGCGGCUGGCCGGCGGCAGGGACGCGAACAAUGGAAUCCGACGACUUGGAGCCAUUCACUCGGCUGGAUGAUGAGGCUUGGAUGGGGAAAUAGCUCCACACUAUGUUGAGAAGCUUGAGAUAGAGAAGAGAGCUUCCAGGUGGUACGAAUCAGUAGCUUCUACAAAUGUGUUGUGGCAGGUUUCAGGUAGUGACCACAAGAACUUUGCUGUUGAUCAAGAGAAAAAAACUUGUGGCUGUUUCAAAAGGCAAUUCACAGGAAUGCCUUGCAAACAUGCAAUCGCUGCUAUUUAUGCGAGGCACCAUGACCACCCGGAAGACCAUGUUUCAGAGUUUUUCAAGAAGACGUGCUAUCAAAAGGCAUAUCAAGAUGUAAUAUUCCUAGUGUCAGGGUAGCAUGACUGGACAAAAACUGAUACUCCAGACAUAGAUCCUCCAGUUUUCACUAUGCAGCCCGGAAGGAAAAAAAAGAAAAGGAGAUUGGGUCCAGCUUCAGGACACGCACCAUGGAUUCCCCACCAAGACAAGCUGUUCCAACAUAUGCACCUCCACAGGGACAACAAACGGGAGGGGGUAUCUAAACUCCAGAUUGUAUAGUUACUUCACUGCAGGUCUUGAUGCCGAGAAUCGGCAAGAAGAAGAAUGAUGUGUAAUGCUAGGCUUAGUGGCCAAGCAUAGUCCUUUUUUGGAUGCAUGUGCGAAGAGACGCAAAUUUUGUAAAUAUUUCUAUGAGCCAUGAUGGUGAUCCAAAUGAUGAUCAUAUUAUUGUUGUCAGCUUUGAUGCUACAA